UAUUCCGAACUACUGAAUACCUGAUCUCCAGAAUUCCUGCACCUCCUGCUCUGGUUUGGAUCGGAUCAUGGAGGGAGGUGGUGAAGCAGCCAUGAGCACCUUCAUCAUGGAUGAAGAGACUCUCAAGAGAAAACAGAGAGAAAAACUGAAGAAACUGCAAGCCACGGGAGGAAACCCGCGUCCUGCGCGAUCCCUCCUCUUCCUCACGCUGAAGAACCCUUUCCGCAAGGCUUGUAUCAACAUUGUAGAGUGGAAACCGUUUGAAAUCAUCAUCCUCCUCACCAUCUUUGCAAACUGUGUCGCUUUGGCUGUUUUCCUCCCAAUGCCUGAAGAAGAUACAAACAACACCAACAGUAACCUGGAGAGUCUUGAGUAUAUUUUUCUCAUCAUAUUCACUAUGGAAUGUUUCCUGAAGAUCGUGGCGUAUGGAUUUCUUUUUCACGCCGAUGCCUAUUUACGAAACUGCUGGAAUAUAUUAGAUUUUGUCAUUGUGACAAUGGGGUUGUUCACCAUCGUGGUGGACUUCAUCAAUAACAUCAGUGGUGUGGAGGCUCCAGUGGAACAGAAAGGAGGGUUCAAUAUGAAGGCCCUGAGAGCAUUCAGAGUCCUGCGGCCCCUGCGUCUCGUCUCCGGGGUCCCCAGUCUGCAGGUGGUCAUGAGCUCCAUUCUCAAGUCCAUGCUGCCUCUGUUCCACAUCGCCCUGCUGGUUUUCUUCAUGGUCACAAUUUACGCCAUUAUUGGCCUGGAGCUUUUCAAAUGCAAAAUGCAUAAAACAUGUUACUACACUGGCACAGAUAUUAUUGCAACAGUGGAGAAUGAGAAGCCAUCUCCAUGCGCUCUGACUGGUAGCGGUCGACGAUGCACUCUGAACGGGACCGAGUGUCGCAAGGGUUGGCCUGGGCCAAAUAACGGCAUCACUCACUUUGAUAAUUUGGGUUUCUCCAUGCUCACCGUAUACCAAUGCAUCACCACGCAGGGUUGGACAGAUGUUCUGUACUGGGUGAAUGAUGCGAUCGGAAUGGAGUGGCCCUGGUUGUAUUUUGUCACCCUGAUUCUGUUGGGCUCAUUCUUCAUCCUCAAUCUGGUUCUGGGAGUUUUGUGUGGUGAGUUCACUAAGGAGAGAGAGAAGAGUUCUCGCAGUGGAGAAUAUCAGCAGCUGAGGGAAAGACAACAGUUAGAUGAGGAUCUGAAAGGAUACAUGGAGUGGAUCACACAGGCUGAGGUCAUGGACAACGACCUUGAAGGCCAUGGUAUUCACACACCCCAUAGACUACAGGUGUCAUAAAAUCUGAGAUUGUCCUCUGUUACAGCAAAAAAACUGAUGGGAAUGACUUUAUUUCCAGGAAGACUUUCAUGCUUUGGGUUCCUGUGCGUGUUUGUGUUUUUCAGUCGUCACGCACGUCGCUGGAACCGUUUUUUCAGGAGGAAGUGUCGGGUUUGGGUGAAGUCCAGGCUCUUUUAUUGGCUGGUGAUAUUGCUGGUGUCUUUCAACACCCUGGCCAUCGCAACCGAGCACCAUCAGCAGUCCCAGGCCCUCACUAAUUUCCAAGACAACACAAAUAAGGUGCUGCUGUCUCUGUUCGCGGUGGAGAUGUUUCUGAAGAUGUAUGCAAUGGGGUUGCCGUCUUACUUCAUAUCUCUUUUCAAUCGUUUUGACUGCUUUGUGGUGUCUGUGGGGGUCAUGGAGCUCAUUCUCGUACGUAUGGAUGUCAUGUCUGUCAUGGGGAUCUCUGUACUGCGAUGCAUUCGGUUGCUGCGUCUCAUCAAAAUCACCAGGUAUUGGACAGCCCUCAGUAAUCUUGUGGCGUCGCUCUUAAACUCGGUGCGCUCCGUCGCCUCCUUGCUGCUGCUCCUCUUCCUAUUCAUAGUCAUCUUUGCUCUGCUUGGCAUGCAGGUGUUUGGCGGAAAGUUUAAUUUUCCUGAUGGCGGUGUGCGCCGUAGCAACUUUGACAAUUUUCCUCAGGCGCUCAUCACCGUUUUCCAGGUCAUGACAGGUGAAGACUGGAACUCUGUCAUGUAUGAUGGAAUCAUGGCUCAUGGAGGUCCAUCAAUGCCUGGAAUCCUAGUCAGCAUUUACUUCAUUAUUCUGUUCAUCUGUGGAAACUUCAUCCUCCUGAACGUCUUCUUGGCUGUUGCGGUGGAUAACCUGGCAGAGGCUGAGAGCUUAACGUCUGCCCAGAAAGAGAAGGCAGAAGAGAAGAUACGCAAAAAGCUUCUAAGAGAAAAUCUUCCUGAUAAGGGUGAAGAGGAGAAGACUUUGCUGGCAAAGAAACUUGCCGAGCAGAGAGCCAAGAUUGAAGGAAUUCCCACUACAGCUAAGCUCAAAGUAGAUGAAUUCGAAUCAAAUGUGAACGAGAUUAAAGAUCCAUUUCCACCGGCUGAUUUUCCAGGUGAUGAUGAAGAGGAAGAGCCAGAGAUUCCCAGCAGUCCUCGGCCUCGUCCAAUGGCAGAUCUGCAGUUGAAGGAAACAGUGGUGCCCAUGCCAGAGGCCAGUUCCUUCUUUAUCUUUGGCCCGCAGAAUAAGUUCCGCAAACUCUGCCAUCGCAUCAUCAAUGCCACCACCUUCACCAACAUCAUCCUCCUCUUCAUCCUGCUUAGUAGCAUCUCAUUGGCUGCAGAAGACCCCAUCGACCCAGUUUCCUUUAGGAACAAGGUCCUGGCCUAUGCUGAUAUUGUCUUUACCUCAGUUUUCACAGCAGAGAUCGUGUUGAAGAUGACCACAUACGGUGCCUUCUUACACACUGGCUCUUUCUGCCGUAACUCGUUCAACAUACUAGACUUGAUUGUGGUUGGUGUUUCCCUGCUGUCCAUGGGAAUGGAGUCAAGUGCCAUCUCAGUGGUUAAGAUCCUCAGGGUCUUGAGAGUGUUGAGACCUUUAAGAGCCAUAAACAGAGCCAAAGGUCUAAAGCAUGUGGUCCAGUGUAUGUUCGUAGCCAUCAAGACCAUCGGCAACAUCGUUUUAGUCACAAUGCUCCUGGAUUUCAUGUUUGCCUGCAUCGGGGUUCAGCUUUUCAAGGGGAAAUUUUUUUAUUGCACAGACCCACUUAAAAUGACAGAGGUGGAAUGCAGGGGAACGUUUAUAAAACACCAGGAAAACACUCUUCAUGACAUGGUGCUUAGUCAGCGUGAGUGGAUGAACAGCGACUUAAACUUUGAUAACAUUCUGAACGCCAUGCUGGCUCUCUUCACGGCGUCAACAUUUGAAGGCUGGCCAAAGUUGUUGUAUAAAGCCAUCGACUCAAAUCUGGAGGACAGAGGCCCAAUUUACAACAACCGCAUUGGGAUAUUCAUCUUCUUCAUUGUCUACCUAAUCCUCAUCGCCUUCUUUAUGAUGAACAUCUUCGUGGGCUUUGUUAUCGUCACCUUUCAGGAACAGGGAGAGCAGGAGUACAAAAACUGUGAGCUGGAUAAAAACCAGCGCCAAUGUGUUCAGUAUGCCCUGAAGGCCCGACCAUUGAGGUGUUACAUCCCUAAGAACCCGUAUCAGUACCAGGUGUGGUACAUCGUCACUUCCUGUUACUUUGAGUACCUGAUGUUUCUCCUCAUCAUGCUCAACACCAUGUGUCUGGGGAUGCAGCACUGUAAACAGUCGGAUCACAUCGACUACCUGGCCAAUAUGCUGAACAUCAUCUUCACUGUCCUAUUUACAGUGGAGAUGAUCCUCAAACUCGGUGCCUUCAAAGCCAAGGGUUACUUCGGCGAUGCCUGGAACGUCUUUGAUUUCAUAAUCGUGGUUGGCAGCAUUGUUGACGUCAUACUAAGUGAAAUUGGUAAUAUAAGCGUGUCUAUCACAUUAUUCCGACUCUUCCGUGUCAUGCGUCUGGUAAAACUGCUGAAUCGUUUCGAGGGGAUUCGGAAUCUGCUGUGGACCUUCAUCAAAUCAUUCCAGGCUUUGCCGUAUGUGGCGCUUCUCAUUGUCAUGCUGUUCUUCAUCUACGCUGUCAUCGGCAUGCAGGUGUUCGGAAAGAUCGCACUAAUAGAUGGAACUGUGAUUAACCGCAACAAUAACUUUCAGACGUUUCCUCAGGCUGUGCUCCUGUUGUUCAGGUCUGCCACAGGUGAAGCAUGGCAAGAAAUUAUGUUGGGCUGUUUGUACGGUCAGCGCUGUGACCCAAAAUCAGAUUACCUGCCCGGAGAGGAGUACACCUGCGGCUCUGGAUUUGCCGUUUUGUACUUCAUGAGUUUUUACAUGCUGUGUGCUUUCCUGAUCAUUAACCUGUUUGUGGCUGUGAUCAUGGACAACUUUGAUUAUCUGACCCGUGAUUGGUCGAUUCUGGGGCCGCAUCAUUUGGAUGAGUUUAAGAAGAUCUGGGCUGAAUAUGACCCUGAGGCCACGGGGCGCAUUAAACACCUGGAUGUUGUGACUUUGCUGAGGAGAAUCCAGCCGCCUCUUGGGUUCGGAAAGUUCUGCCCUCACCGUGUUGCCUGCAAGAGAUUAAUUUCUAUGAACAUGCCACUAAACAGCGACGGAACAGUAACGUUUAAUGCCACGCUGUUCGCUUUGGUCCGAACGGCACUGAAAAUUAAAACCGAAGGUAAUUUUGAAAAGGCCAAUGAGGAGCUGCGGGCGAUUAUUAAGCAGAUCUGGAAACGCACCAGUAUGAAACUGCUGGACCAGGUCAUUCCACCAAUCGGAGAUGAUGAGGUCACGGUGGGAAAGUUUUACGCCACGUUCCUGAUCCAGGAUCACUUUAGGAAGUUCAUGAAGCGUCAGGAGGAAUACUACGGAUACCGGCCAAACAAGAAGAACAAAAACACCACAGAGAUACAGGCGGGUCUGAGGAGCAUCGAGGAUGAAGCCGCCCCAGAGCUUCAUAGGGCGAUCUCUGGAGAUCUUCUCAAUGAGGAUGAGAUUGACGGGGCCAUGGAUGAAGCUGCAGAAGAGGGGAUCUACAGGAGAGCAGGUGGCCUUUUUGGCAAUCAUGUGGAUCCAUUCAGUAUGAGGAGAGGAACCCCUAUGCCAACCCAGGUGACCAGCCAGCGUCCCCUACAGAUCGCAGACAGUAAACCAGAGGAGACUGAAGCUUCACCCGGCUCACCCUCAUAUCUGAAUUAUCAUGCCAACUUUAACAACAACAACACAAACAACACCAGGAGCAUACAGAGGUACAUACAACAUGACAUAAGUUUUGGUCAUAUUAUAAUAAUGAUUUUGUCAUAAUAAAGCUCUCUCUCUCGGUCUGGUAGAUAUGAACUACACUUCCCAUCAGGCAACAGGGCAUCCAACCAUUACGGUCCUGUCAGUGCAGCUGACUUUCUUAUACAAGAGACUCUGUUUGCUGGAGGUUUGGAGAGUCUGGCCUGCGACUCCUACUUUGUAUCCGUAACAAAGGCAGAGAUGGCCGAAGCACUGCGCAUGGAUGUCGACGUGUUGGAGAGGAUCUCAGCAGCCAUUCUUAACAAACGUCAAGGACAUUCAGAGAUGUUUAAAGACACAGUAACCUGUCAGUUAGACGUUACGCAGUGCCAAGUGUAAUGUUCAUCUGAGGACACUGGAUGAACCAUAGAGACUUUAUUGGAUCAACAGGACUCAGAAUACAGCUGUGAGAACUGCCAAAGUGUUUUGACUUGUCCCAGACAAGUUGACAGAUAGUAGUUUUUUCAAUAUUUGAUGACAAAUGUACACAAAAUUACUUUCCACUGUCAAAAUACAUGAUAGAACAUGGGCCAAUUUUGGCCAGGCUAUUAUGUUAAGGUAUGACUACGUCUAAUGUCGAAAAACAUAUGCUGUUUCCAAAAUAGCCUAUUAUACACUUAUAUAGGGCACUAUUUGAGGGGGCAUUCAUUUGUAGUAGUGUCACAGUGGACAUUGUCAAGUGCACUCCUUCAAUCCCACAAUCCAUAGCAAUAAUAAGUGUACAGCUAAUGCAGAGCUCCACUUUGAGGCCUGCGCUGAAUUAAUUCAACAGACGAUGUUCACAGCGCUACUCACUUAUUUCAUUCAAGUUUUAAAUUAAUCUGUAAUUGCAUUAUAUUAGCACCUAUCGUCCGAUUCACAAUUUCUUUUGGUGUGUAAAGGGGGUCGCACACCGGCCGCGCAGCUCAGCGCCUCUAGGACAACUCGGAGGCAUCGUAAACUGGAAAUGCACAUUAAAUAGCGCGAGCUUCAUCAGAUAGCGUCUACUUCAAAAUGCAAGAUAUACGUUAGCAGCCAAUGUUAAUCGUUAAUGAUUUGGGACAAAUAUGAUGUUAUUUAAUGUUAAACUAUGUGAGUGGCGCUCUGUAGCGCGACAGGGAUUUGAGCAACUUCCUGAGUCGUUGCUGGGCAGCGCGGAGAGGCGCCUCCUGUCGCGUCUGGUGUGCGACCCCCUUAAGUGUGUAUUAGUACAAUAUGCAAAAAGUACAACCCCCAAAGUAAACGAUGACGCGAGUUAUCGUCUUCAACGUAAAUCUUUUUUCUUGGACUACAACAGACACAGAUUGUAGGCAACAGUUUACUUCCUGGGCUUGUUGACGUAGACAAGAACGACAUUAUCACAAUUCCUCCCGCUUCUGACUCAGAGCCUGUAAGUAAACUCCUGUUAACAUUGCAUUGUGAGUGAAUCUUUCAAACAUGGUAGGGAGCGUCAAAUUUCCAGCUGACGUCACAGUCACAACCAAACACAAUGUACAGAUUAGCUGGCCAAUCAGGGACACAGAGCUUUUCAGAUUGAUGAGAUGAUCUAAAUGUAUGUUAUGUAGAAAAAAGAAUGUGUUUUUUAACCAUAAACCACGCAAACACUAUUAUACCAAAUACACAAAAUAACCUUGUUUUAGCAAUGAAAUAGGUGCACUUUAAUACAUAAACAAGACAAAAAUACUAAGUAAGAAAGUAAUUCUUCUGGGGUGACAUUGUUGUUUUGCAUUAAAUCAAAUGUACUGACACAGAACAACAUAGCAAAUAAUAAAUAAAAUAUAAACACUGUUUUACUCAA